CAAAUGUCGUAGUGCGCGCUAGCCGUCCAGUGGAGUCCCGCUGCUUCUCGGCAUCCGCCUUUCCUUGAGGUGCCUUUAAAAAACAAAAUCCUGAACUUAGCGUCUUGGGUCUGCUGAAUGCAAUGUCAGCGAAGGCUGCAGGAGACUUGGCAUUGCCUGGAGUUUUGGUGUCAGGGUUUGAAGGACCAUAUGGCAUAUGUGAGGAUCAUCUUGGAGAUCUGCAGAAGCACUUCAGCCUCAUUACCAUGAAAGAGUUUUUGAAGAAUAAAACUGAAUUCAGUCAGAAGAUCCAAGCUAUAUAUAUAUGGGGUGGAAGGCCAGUGAUUAGCCGGGAGCUCCUCCUCAGCCUGCCUUCCCUGAAGCUUAUUGCUAGCGCUGGUAUAGGUUUGGAUCACCUGGACCUGCCGCUCAUUGCCAGCUGUGGUGUGAAGGUGGCCAACACCCCAAGUGCAGUAUCCAGCCCCACAGCAGACCUGGGGAUGGCCCUGUUGCUGGCCUCAGCUCGCAGAGUAGUAGAAGGUAAGAAUCCUUGUUGUGGGUUUUUCAACUCUUCAGAUGGUCACCAGCUGGCUGUUUCACCAUGCACAGAAGACUUCCCUACAAACUGGAUGGGGCAAGAAGUGUCUGGUGCCACUCUGGGGAUAGUUGGCAUGGGCACCAUUGGCUAUAAGAUUGCUCAAAGGGCCAAAGCAUUUGAAAUGAAGAUUCUGUAUCACAACAGGAACCGUAGGAAGAUGGAGGAGGAGGAAGCAGUUGGGGCUACUUACUGUGAGAGGCUGGAUGACCUGCUGCAGCAGUCUGACUUUGUGAUACUGGUCUUGAGCCUGACGCCCCAGACCCAGGGACUGAUUGGGAGAAGGGAGCUGCGGCUGAUGAAGCCAAGCGCUGUGCUCAUCAACAUUGGCAGAGGUCUGGUAGUUGACCAGGAUGCUCUGGCAGAAGCUCUGAAGAAUGAGGUCAUUAAAGCCGCAGCACUAGAUGUGACAUACCCAGAGCCCCUGCCAAGGGAGCAUCCUUUGUUGAAAUUGAAGAAUAUCAUUCUGACGCCUCAUAUCGGGAGUGCAACUCAUCAAGCCAGGCGACAAAUGAUGGAAAAUUUGGUUGGAAGCAUCCUGGCUUCUCUCAGUGACCUUCCCAUUCCUAAUGAAGUGGUACUUAAAUGAUUCAUGGAACUGAGAAUCCACUGGGAUGAAAACAUGGCAGAUUACAAUGGGAAAAAGUUGUAGUUUUGAAUAUUUUGUAUGAUAGACCCAUCAUGUAAUUAGUUUAAUACUGUUGCGGUGGAAGUGCUUUAAUAACAAUAAUAAUAAACUGAGCACUGUGGUUCACACUUGUAAUCCUAGCUACUCAGGAGGCUGAGAUCAGAAGAUGGUGGUUUUUGGCCAGAAUGGGCAGAAGUUCUCAAAACCCCCAUUCAGCAGUAAAAGCUGGAUGUGUAAGCUUAUCAUUCCAGAUACAGUGUAAAGCAUAAGUAGGAGGAUUGUGGCCAAAUGGGCCCAGGCCAAAACUAAACCCUUUCUCAAAAAUAACUAAAGAAAAAAGGUUCUAGGCAUAGCCCAGGUGAUAUAGUGCUUGUCUAGUAAGUGUGAUUCUGAGUUCAAAUUCUAGUACUGCCAAAAAAGAACAGUAAUAAUAGAAUUUUCACUGCUUUACUUCUGUUAUCUCACCUCAUCCUCAAGGCAGCUCCUGAGUGAAGUUCAAUUGUUACCCUUCUAUAGGUUCAGCCUUCAAACAGAUUUAAGUGAAAACUCUAGGCUUGGGUUUUAUUUGGAUUUGGAUAAAACCUCUGUGUUACAUCUGCAAAUUUUCUGGUUGACUACGUUUACUUCCAUCUUGUUAAAUUUUUUUCUUUCUUUUGAUAUGGAGUCUUGCUGUGCAAUUCAGAUGGGCCUCUAAUUUAGGAUCCUGCAGCUUCAGCCUUAGUUCUAAGCACUGAGAUUGCAGGUGUGUGCCAUCAUGUCCCUGCUUUGCUAAAAUACUGGUCACUUCCUAGAUUACAUAAUCUCCCAGAUAUUAGAAUCAAUAUUCAUUUAUUUCAGUCAUUCAAUAAAUAACUGUUGAGAACUU